AUGCUGGAGUCCAUUCGCGUGACGGAAAAGCUUCACUGGCCUGAGCAAGAACUUGCGAAGAAGUCUGUACUAAAUGCAGAAGAGCCAUUGAUCAUUGACAGCAAAAGAAGCAUUUCACAUUUAUCUUCUGGGAUACUAAAGGACAUUUUCACAACUGGAACCAGUAGUUACAAUGUCCUACUACAGAGCAAAGAGGAGAAAAAGCAUUAUUCACAAAAACAGUCUUCCUCCACCUACUCCAAAAGAUGUAGAAAACCCAGCAAAUCUCCUAGUUCUUCUCGUAGUAAAGAUCUUCGCAAGAUGAAAGCCCCAGUGCCUGUGAUGAGCAGUGGUACUUGGUACUGCCUAGAAAGGCAGCCUGGUGUUUUUGUCACUAGUUCAGUGUCGAGUCCCAUAAAGUUUACGCAUGAUAUCUCUGUUACAGGGAACAGCAUAGUACUGCCACCUAAACCCAAAAACAAGGUAAAGCGACGCCAUUUCUCUGCUCUGCCAAAGCCAAAGCUGCAGCCUCAAUUGUCUAGAAGUUUUGAAAAAGGAGAUGACUUUUCUGGGAAGAAAUUUUGUAUACUGACUGCCAUAAAGCCCACCAACUUGGAGAAAGAGAAACUGAGAUUCUUCAAAUCUGACUAUACCUACAAUCCUCAAUUUGAAUAUGCAAACCCAUCUCUGCCAAGUGUGUUAGCCAAACACAGCAAUGCAUCUGACCGAUUUCUUAAACAGUCCAUCAAUAUUAUGGAACUGACUUUACAGAAAUAUGGAAGUUAUGAAAAAUUUGAGCAGGCCACUGGUGGCAGCCUGCUAUCUAAAACUCGAAUCUGGAGUCAUGUUCGGAAGUACAUGAUGAAAGAAGGCUGCCUGGGUGAGAUCGUAGUUCAUCUCACUGAAGACCUGCUGUCCCGAGCUUCAAUGACAGUGGUAAAUGGGUGCCCAACAUUGACCAUUAAUGUUUCCACGGCACGUGAGCACUGGCUGGAGGGAAUGCUGAGGCAUGAGAUAGGCACACAUUAUUUUCGAGGUAUUAACAACCUUCAGCAGCCAUGGAACAGUUGGACUGGCCGCAAAAAACAUGAGCUAAAGCCAAACAAUCCCACAGAGGAAGGACUGGCAAGUAUUCACAGUGUCCUUUUUAGAAAAGACCCCUUUUUAUGGAGGGCUGCCCUCCUCUACUACACUGUUUAUCGAGCCAGCCAAAUGUCUUUUUGCGAACUCUUCAAAGAUAUUGGAAAGUUUGUCAAGGACCCCAAUACAAGAUGGGAUUAUUGUGUACGAGCCAAGAGGGGAUGGACUGAUACUUCUCAACCAGGGUGCUUCAGUAAAGACCAAGUAUACUUGGAUGGUAUCCUGCAAAUCCUCCGAUACAGAGAGACCAUUGACUUUCAUCUUCUUACCGCCCUGGGGAAGGUCUCUUAUGAAGAUGUGGAUCGCUUGAAAGGAUUGGCAGUUAUUGAAAACAUGAGGGUCCCUCAUUUCCUGCAGGACCAUAGCCGAUACAUGGAACAUUUAGAGAAAAUUAUGGAAGUGAAUGAACUGACUGACAGGGAACUGAAAGAUCUUAUAUACUAAUCAGCAUUCUUGCAGAUGUAGCUAAGCUAUACCUCUGUGUAUAUUACCAGUUAGGUGCAGUUCGCACCAGCAUAUUUAUAAAAGAAUAAUGACUGUUUACAUGAGUUUUCUGAAGAAUGAUCUGCAGUAUUCAGCUGAAUUUUUUAAAAGGUUAAGUACAAACCUUAAACUGUUUCCUUUAACGUUUCUAUAGGCUGCAGGGGAAAGUUCCUCCUAUUUUUAUCUGAAUCUGACCAGAGUCCAUUGAAAAUACUACUGAUGAGAGUUUUUG